AUGCCAGCCGGCAUCCAGCGCCAACGAAUUCAGCACCGCCGACAACUGUCGACACCCACUGUUUUUGACGCACCCACAGUACGAGCACCACCUGCUAACCUACACCGACGACGACCAAACCGAAGCGGUAUGAGCUUGGAUCUACGCGGCCUCAGCCUAGAAUCCAUCCAUGCCGCCCGACAAGCCACAAACCAGGAAUACACACACCAACCAGGACCAUUCGACACACCAUCCUUCCAGCAGGAGGACAGUACGGUAAGUAAUACUAACAAUCUAGGACAAAUACCACAGCAAUCUAUGCAAGUAGCGCAUUCGCACAGACAGCCCCAGCCGGGCCCCCAGGAAUCCUUUUUGGCAUCCCCAGUACAGAUCUCUCCCAUCACACCGCGGACUCCACGAAGGACACUCCGCGCGCAGUCUCCCCAGCAGCCUCCUUCCUCCUCUUCUAAACCCCCUACUGAACAGCAACUGAAAGAACUUCACGAGCACAUACAGUCAGUGUAUGGCUCAUGUGGACAAGUCUUCAUUAACAUCCUCCCAACACCCACUGCGACACCACAAAAGCCUGCGCAGCUACCCAGUCAUGAGGCUUUUAGCGCAACUCCUCAGCACCCAAGCUUCACUGCUAUGGGUGACAUCAACCUUGAGCCAACCUCAAGAGCCAUGACUUUCGACUUUGACAACCCGGACGCCGAUAUGGGCUACGAGUCGUCAUCCUACUACACAUCCGAUGCUUUGUCACCAUCGCCAGUAUCUUCACCACGACAGAGGGACGUACAAUCCUUCUUGGAGAACAUCGAAGAGCACCAAGAGAUGAUGUUCUCGCAGACACAGUCUAUGCUGCCUACAUCGCAAACUUCAAUGUCAAUCAGCGGUCUACCCAUGAUGGACUCAUUCUCGCAGCCCCAGAUCUUCAAUGAUCUUGAGGUUGACGCAAGCUAUGAGUACACUGGUAUUGCACCAGAAGAAGUCGCGCGCUACAUCAGCGAGCAAGAUGCCACAACCGGCAAGUGGACCUGCCUUUACGAAGGUUGCAGCAAAGUCUUCGGACGUCGUGAGAACAUCCGAUCCCAUGUUCAAACUCAUCUUGGCGAUCGUCAGUACAAGUGCAAUGGAUGCGGCAAGUGCUUUGUCCGACAGCAUGACCUGAAGCGCCACGCAAAGAUCCACUCAGGCAACAAGCCUUACAAGUGCCCCUGCGGCGCAGGCUUUGCUCGACAAGAUGCCCUCACACGUCACCGUCAGCGUGGCAUGUGUGUCGGUGGAUUCCCUGAUGCAGUCCGACGACAAGCCAAGCGUGGCCGCCCGAAGAAGAACCGCCCAGACAUGGAGCAGCGCGUCGAGAAGGCCAGCAGAACGAGACGUGCGAUAGUAUCCGCACCACCGUCUUCGGCUGGCUCGCCAUACUCAGAGGCUCGAUCCUCAUCACCGAUUGAGGGAUAUGAGCCAGCUCAGCUUCUCUCCGAUUCGCAAAGCUACGACUCCAUGAAUGCUUCAGUGGAUCCCUUCAGCUUCGAGACCUCAUCAAGCCCUUUCGCUGAAGAUGCACAAUCGAGCUUUGCAUCUGCUACCUACCCAAGUGACACCGCGUCCAUGAACAUCCUCCAACAGCUUUCUCAACACUCGCACACACCCCCCAUGUCGCCCGCUGACGUACGGCCUGCUUCUUCCGGGUCUGCCAACGGUUCCAGUGAGCCAGUCCAGUCCAGCCCUUUGAAAGUGUCUUCCUCUCCAUCGCGGUCAUCGAUCCAGUCAAAUCAGUUUACAACACCACCAACAUCGCCAAUCGAGUCCAAGGACGCUCUUGAUGAGCUGUUUGACACGAUGCCCGACAGCUCGUACUCUCAGUUCGAUCUUGAGAUGAAGGCAAUGGGUGACUUCACUUCACUGGACUCUUCCUCGUACGACCUCUUGGACUUCACUGUGUAA